GAUCUUAAAAUAAAAAUGGGUGAAUAUUCAAUUUUGCAAUUGCCUUUAGAUGUUUUGAUAAACAUAUUGAAACUAUUAAAUGUAUCAGAUCUUCGUAAUCUAAUUUUGUCUUGUAAAACUAUGAGAGAUAUAAUAAUGAAUGAAGGUACUCUGUGGAAAUCAAUAUGUCGCAAUAAAAUCGUUUUAAUGAACGAUAAAAGUGAAUUGAAUACAUUUUCAUGGUACAACAGAUGUAGGAUUUCUAAUAACUGGAGUAAAGGUAUAUUUAGAAAUAAGAUAAUAGUACAACAUAACACAAAUUAUAUGCCGUGGCUUCAAUUUUGUAGUUCAGACAAAUUAUAUUUAUCAGUCGGUUCACAAAUUCGAUGUUAUUCUGUUGAUAAAAAGGGUAUGCCCCGUACCAAUUUGGUGUGGUCCCAAGAAGUUCCAAUAAUUAAACGAAGGGAUGUACGUACAAAUGAUAUAUCAAGAUUUGUUGUUAAAGAUGAUGUAAUUGUAUGUGGUAACAGAGAUGGGUCUGCAGCAGCUUACAGUUUGAAUGGUGAUGUUAGACCACAGUUACUAUUCUUCAUAAAAGAUUGCCAUCAAAACGGAGAAGUAGAAGUAUCUGCAAUAGAGAAAUUAGACAAUACAAUAGUAACUGUAUCAAACAGCAGUCCAAACAUACACUUGUGGCUUUGGAGUGAUGAUAAAAAUGAUUCAAAAUCUAAAGCAAAAUCAUAUAUUAUGAAUAAUCAAAUUUUUCGUAAACAAGAUAUUCAUUUGUCAAAUGAAGUAGGCUGUCGAUGUGUGAGUGUUAACAAACAGAAAGACAAAUUGGCAAUUGGACUAAAUGGAAAUAGUAAGCCUCUUUUACUUGAUGUCAAUACUUGUAAUUUCUUGAUGUGGAAUACUUUAUCACGAAAUGUCAAAGAAGUGGUGCGAGACAUACAGUGGCACAGUGAAAAUUGUAUCGCAUAUGUAACACAUUCAGGAAAACUGCAAAUUGUUGACACAAGAACAACUAAUGUGGUUUAUAAAACAGUAGAUCCUUUCCAUGCGUCUUUGUACUGUUUGAAGACUGACUCUAAUAAUGCAAUGUUGGUUGGUUCAUCGGAAUAUUCGCGUUGUGUCUUGUUCGAUACACGUUCCACAAAACACGUACAGAUAUAUUUUACACAGAAGAAAUCGUCUCCUAUAUACAGUCUCGAUUUUGACUCAACAAAGCUAUUAGCAGCAGCUGAUCGCGGAGUAGCCUCCUUAAAUUUCAAUGUCAAUGUAUCUAAAACUCAAAUAAGAGAUUAUUCUCAGACUUUUGAAUAUAUCACAUGAUAAUUAUAUAUUGUAAAUACAAUAUUGACUGGAACCUUUGAAGAUUAUUAUUUUCUAGAGAUGCGCUAAAGACGAUUAUGGAUGAAUGUUCUUAGUUAAAGAUUUAUAGAUUGACUAUUUACAUUUGUAAUGUGAAUUGUUGCAAAGUGUAUUCUAAGACUAAUAUUCAAAAUAAUAUACCUACUUAUUACUUUUUGUAAUAAUCAUCAUAAAAAUGACGAUUUACAAUUCUCUGCAAAGUGGAAUUUGUAAAAAAAAAAAAUAAAGAUCCGUUCAAGACA